GCGGCGGCGGCGGCGGCCGCCGGGGGGGGUGGAGCGAGCGCCGAGCCGGAGGUGAACAAUGACCACAGGUGACAAAGCUUCAGAAUCUUCAGACCCAUCAACCUGUCAGAAGCAGCCUGGCAGUUCUGAGGCAGUCUCACCUGGAGACAUGGAGGCAGGUUCUGCCAGCUGGGGUACUGUGUCUUCAUUAAAUGAUGUUUCAAGUCACGCGCUUUCUUUAGGACCAGUACCUGGUGCUGUAGUUUAUUCAAGUUCACCUGUACCUGAAAAAUCAAAACCAUCACCACCAAAGGAUCAAGCUCUAGGUGAUGGCAUUGCUCCUCCAGAAAAAAUUCUUUUCCCAUCUGAGAAGAUUUGUCUUAAGUGGCAGCAAACUCAUAGAGUAGGAGCUGGGCUCCAGAAUUUGGGCAAUACCUGUUUUGCCAACGCAGCGCUGCAGUGUUUAACUUAUACACCACCACUUGCCAACUACAUGCUAUCACACGAACACUCCAAGACAUGUCAUGCAGAAGGAUUUUGUAUGAUGUGUACAAUGCAGGCUCAUAUCACACAAGUGCUGAACCAUCCUGGGGAUGUUAUUAAACCGAUGUUUGUCAUUAAUGAGAUGCGGCGCAUAGCUAGGCACUUCCGCUUUGGAAGCCAAGAAGAUGCCCAUGAAUUCCUUCAGCACACUGUUGAUGCUAUGCAAAAAGCAUGCUUGAAUGGCAGCAACAAAUUAGACAGACACACCCAGGCUACCACACUCGUUUGCCAGAUAUUUGGAGGAUACCUGAGAUCUAGAGUCAAAUGUUUAAAUUGCAAAGGUGUGUCAGAUACUUUUGAUCCAUAUCUCGACAUAACAUUGGAAAUAAAGGCUGCUCAGAGUGUUAAUAAGGCAUUGGAGCAGUUUGUGAAGCCGGAACAGCUCGAUGGAGAAAACUCGUACAAGUGCAGCAAGUGUAAAAAUAUGGUUCCGGCUUCAAAGAGGUUCACUAUACACAGGUCUUCUAACGUUCUUACACUUUCUCUGAAACGUUUUGCAAAUUUUACUGGUGGAAAAAUUGCUAAGGAUGUGAAAUAUCCUGAGUAUCUUGAUAUUCGACCGUAUAUGUCUCAGCCAAACGGAGAACCUAUCAUUUAUGAUUUGUAUGCAGUACUGGUACACACUGGUUUUAAUUGCCAUGCUGGCCAUUACUUCUGCUACAUAAAAGCUAGCAAUGACCUCUGGUACCAAAUGAAUGACUCCAUCGUAUCUAUCAGUGAUAUUAGAUCGGUACUCAGUCAGCAAGCUUAUGUUCUCUUUUAUAUCAGGUCCCACGAUGUGAAAAUAGGAGGUGAACUUACUCAUUCCGCCCAUAGCCCUGGCCAGUCCUCUCCCCAACCGGUGAUCAGCCAGCGGGUUGUCAGCAACACACAGGCAGCAUCCGGGUUUAUUGGACCACAGCUUCCUUCUCACAUGAUGAAGAACCCACCUCAUCUAAAUGGGACAGGACCAUUGAAGGAAAUGCCGAGCAGCUCCAUGUCAAGUCCUAACGGGAAUUCCAAUGUCAGUAGGACUGGCCCUGUUAACGCCUCAACAUCCGUUCAGGACUGGUCGGUUAACAGGCCCUCAGUUAUUCCAGAACAUCCCAAGAAACAGAAAAUCACGAUCAGUAUUCACAGCAAGUUACCUGUGCAAAAAAUUCAGUCACAGCCUACUCUUCACAGCAGUUCUUUGGAGAGCCCUAACAAGCCCGCCCCCUCAUCUACCGUUACGACUUCUACUGCAAUACAGUCUACCUCGAGUCCCCCCAUGAUGCCUGCGUCUAGUAAGGUAACCAAGCAGAUCACCCUGAGGGAGUCCUGCCCUGAGCCUGUGACGAACGGCAGGUCCAAGCUGAGCUCUGGAGUGCUGGUCCCCUACGGCGCCGAGUCGUCCGAAGAGUCCGACGAGGAGGCGAAGGGCCUCGGCAAGGAGAAUAGCCUCCGUCCCGCCGAGAGCGCACGCGCCCCUGUUCCAGUUGCCGAAGAUGUCGGGGCCUCUCCGCACGAGCUCCGAGAGCCCGUAGCUCUAAAUGGUGCUACCAGUAUGGACAGUGACCUGAAAGAAAACAGCCUACCCUCGGGUGCUGCCAGCUGCCAAGUCCAGCCUGCUCUACACUCAGAAAACCCCUUUUCUAAGGCAAACAGUCUCCCUGGGAAGUUGAUGCCUGCUCCUUUGCCACUUCUCCCAGAAGACAAAAUCUUAGAGACCUUCAAACUCGGCAGCAAAGGGAAAGGCUCCACAGAUGAGAUGAGUACAACUGGGACAGAGGAGAGGCCUCCGCAGGACCCUGAGGCUGAGCUGGAGCCUGGCAGCUCUGCUCCCGAUUCCCGUGAGAACCUAGAGCUGGUCAUGAGCCUUAGCAGCAAAUUCAAGAAAGUUUUGUCACCCUCAGACGCCAGCAUCAAACCUACCAAAGAAGAAGUCUCUGAAAACAUUUUGGCAAAACCCGAGGAGGCUUUGCCGAGUAUCAACACCUUUUGUAACACCAACAAGGAUACCCUCGGGGAUGAUCAGCUUCCUAAACCGUGUGACCCAGGGAAUUUAACAAACGAUCAGAGCAAACCGUCCCAGGACGUGAAAGGGACGUCACCAGAGCGUCCCCAGGACCCGGCGGCGGCAGAAGCAGCGGGGAGGCUGAGCCCGAGUCCCUUGUCAGGUACCGAGGGCGACUGUGAGCCUGAGCCCUUGGGUCACAGCAGUCGGGACAGAGGCACGGAUGUGGAGGGUCCCCCUAAAAGCACAGGGGUGUCCGCAGAUGGGGUGCCCUCUCCUCAAUUAGACAGGAUCGCAGAAAACCGUCCAGAGGGGGUCCCCGAGCAAAGUAACGGUGAGAGAGGUGAAGACAGUAAGGCCGGGCAGAAGGUCCAGGAGGCUUGUGCAGUGCAGGAAAAAAUCAGCAGCCUCAGAAAGGUUGACCGAGGACAUUACCGCAGCCGAAGAGACCGAUCGUCCAGCGGCGAGCACGCGCGGGACAGCAGGAGCGGGACGGAGGAGCAGCCUCGCCGGAAGCGGCCCCACCAUGAGUGGAAGCGGUGCCGGUCCGAGCGGCCCGAGCCCUGCGCCGCGGCCCCGCACGCCCCCUGCCCCGGAUCCCUGGCCAGGUCAGGCCACCCGCGCUCCCGGAGCAUGGGGGCCCCCGACCAGGAGUGGGGCCGCUACCACCAUGCUGAGGCCGAGCACGCCUGGGCCCGGGAGAACUACCCGGAUGGGAUGCGCUGGGGGCGGUUCAGGUACCACCACACCAGGUACGCCUCGUACCCGGCCCGCGAGCCGUGGGAGUGGAGGCCCCUCCACGGCGAGCGAGAGUACGACCGAGCCGGGCCCUAUAGCGGCCGGCCCCACAAGGACCACUACAGAGGCCGGAAGGGCCACGAGCCGGCGGCCAAAGAGAGGGACCGGCACCGCGUCAGCAGCCCCGGGGCAGGCCUGGCCCACACACCCCCUCCACACCCCGCUGACAAGUACGCCCACGACAAGGCUGCACUGGGGGCUGAAGACAGAGGCUGUGACCUCACCAGUCAGUUUCACGAACACAAAAACGUCAAGUCGCGAAAACGGAGGUACAGUAGUGUAGGGGAUAAAGACAGCCGUGUAGAAAAGAGAGCCUGGAGAAGCUUUCAGAAGGAUCCUUUAGAGGAGCCCAAAGCGAAGAAGCACAAAAAAUCGAAGAAAAAGAAAUCCAAGGACAAACACCGAGAGCGGAAUUCCAGGCGCCAGCAGCGCUCGGACCUUCUGCUAACGCGCGCUGACGCCGGCCUGCGCGGCAGACACAAGAGGAGGAAGAAGAAGAAGAGGAGGAGGAGGCGCUCAAGGUCCGAGAACUCGUCGCUCAGAGGCUCAGAGCCACCCUGGCCCGGGGCCGCCGGCCGCGAGGCUGUGGACCAUUUCCAGGGAGCGGACGGCGCUUUGCCCCUCGCGGCCGGCCAGCCUCUGCACGGUGUGGGACCUUGCCCUGAGAAAACAAAACAUUUCUGGAUGGAAACGAGGGAUGACAAGUGUCAUCUGUCUAAGUGUGGCCAGGGUAAGAGGACAUACUUGGAGCUGCGAAUAUAG